AUGUCUUCAUCGAGUUUCUCUAAUGCCUGGUCUGUCCCAGAUUCCAUUGUCGAAUGGAAGAAUGGCGACGAUGGCAAGAUGAACGCGUACGUGUCAGCGUCAAACGUCAGCUCGCGCCAAUUGAAAUCUUACCUGGAUUCGAAUUACCCGGGCCAAUACUCUGUUCAGCUGAAACGAGAUCAGUUCAGAAUUACUGUCCCCCGAAGCUAG